UCUUCAGUCAGUUGCUAGUCGUUGGUGUAGUGAAUACGUACCAACCGCAUGUCUUCGUACUAAAUCGUUAAAAAAUCAACAAAAAUUUACUUAUCACAUUCCAAGAGGCAAAAAAUUAAUAAACAAAUGAAAAAAGUGAACAAAAAGAACGUUAAUACUGUUUGUUGUUUUUGUAAAAUGCUUAAAAUAUUAUAUAAGUCUGUGCUAUAUAAAUGUGUUGAGAACUAAUUCGUUCGGCGCGCAACCUGCAAAGGCAUACUAAAAAUACAAAUACAAAAACUUAAGUAAUAAAAAAAAAUUGAGCUCAAGGGCUAACCAGUUUCAAUGUGCUACGAAACUCAUUUACAAAAUUUUUAAUGUGAUAGUAAAACAAAAAAUAAACGAAAUUGUCACAAUAUGUCAGAUGCUCUAAACAAUAACGUCCUGUCCCGUGUUGGUGAUGAUGAUUGUAUGAGCCCAGAUUCCACAGAUUCAUCUAAUAAGGAAAAACAUCAAACAAACAACGAUUGUGGUUUUAAUAAAAAGUACACAACAAGCAUUAGUACGAAUAGUAAUGAUGAAAUCAUCGAGGAGGGAUUCGACUAUAGCGAAGCUGACCUGUUAGACGAGUUAAAUGCUAGCGACGACGACCAAGACGUCGACGUAAACAGCGGCGUUAACGACAAUGUCGAAAGAAAUGCGAACAUUCAAAAAUAUAACACUCAUGAUCUUCCCAUCACACAAGAUGCGGACAAGAAGGGUGAAGCAUGUGCAAAUAUUACCGGUACAUUUUCUCUUAGUAACCAUGUAACCGACACGAAUUCUCAUGACAAUAAAACAAGAUCAACGAACGUCGUUGCGAACGACGUCGACAGUGAUUAUGUGCCAAUUGUGAGCACUGAUAAUGCGCCAACCAGUGCAAGUGAUAAGCAAAAAGUUACACCAACUAACUUGGCGUUGUGUAGCGACACCGACCAACCAAACGCAAGUGAAGUUGACGUUGACUCAUAUUGUCCCAUAACACCGCGAUGUAUAGUUGAUGUUGAAGCUGAGCCUAAUCCAUUGUUAAAAAGUAGUUCCACAACACGCAUAGAAAGCAACAAUAAAAAUGUUGUUGAUGAUGCCGGAGUUGCUAGCAACAAUGAUCAUGGUGAUGAAGGUUAUUAUUAUUCCGAUGAGCCCGAAGAUGAAUUAAUUGUACAGUUCCUGGGAGAAGCCAAUCGUAUUGCCGAGGCCCGUUUGGCUGCUCGACGACAAGCGCGUGCUGAGGCACGCGAAAUACGGAUGCGCGAGUUGGAACGUCAACAGAAGGAGCAAGAGCAAAAUGCAGACCGUGUUUUUGACAUGCAUACCUCGAGCGGCAUCGACCCAUUAUCGCGGUCACGGCUCGCCACCGGCGUCGGCAGUUCACCGCUCGGUGCAGUGCUUAACAGCGCACGAGCCAACUCAAUGUCAUCACGACGCAGCAGUGAAGACUCACUAGAGGAGGAAGGCCGCAGUCUGCGUGAUAUACGACAUGAACUCAAGGAUGUUGAGGAAAGGUUUCGAAAGGCCAUGAUAGCCAAUGCACAGUUGGAUAAUGAACGCGCUUCGCAAACGUAUCAAAUACAACUCUUGAAGGAUAAACUAGAGGAAGUGGAAGAAUCUUAUGCGCAGCUUCAGCGUGAAUUUAAGGAUAAGUCACGUGAUUGUAAUGCGCUGAAAAGAAAUCUGGAUAAAUUAAGUGAAGAGCUUAAAUUGGUGCAAGGUCAACUAACUGAACGCGACCAACUAAUCGCGGAUCAGGGGUUAGUUAUUGUAGCCGUAGAGAAUGAAGACGGUACCGACGCAAAACGUGCUCUAGUCAGUGUUGAAAAUGCUCAGCUGUUAGGUUCAGUGCAAGGCUCAUUAGAUGUGCGACUGAAAAAGUUCAGCGAGGAGAAACAACAACUUUUAGCAGAAGUGCAAAAACUGCAGGAGACAUUAGAAAAUUACAAGAGCCAAGGCAAGGGCCGGUCCAAUUCACUUAACGGUCCAACAGGUUCUGACGAGGAUUAUGAAGCUCAGAGGGAGGCGAAUAAAAUAAUAUCAGACUACAAGUAUAAACUGCAAAAGGCUGAACAAGAAAUCGCCAGCUUACAAGCAAGCUUGGCACGUUCAGAAACGCAAGUUAUACGUUAUAAAAGUACAGCGGAAGCGGCUGAAAAAGCUGAAGCUGAACUUAAAAUAGAACGGAGAAAGCUGCAAAGAGAAAAUCGUGAAGCCAUGGAACGUAUGGAGGAAUUGGAAACUUCAAAUAAUCACCUGCUGAAGCGACUAGACAAACUAAAGAAUGCUAAAAGCGCUUUGCUUAAAGAUCUCUGACCGAAAUCCAUACAUGCAACAACGACCAGAAACACUUUCAGCAUGGAUAAAUGCCAACAUAAUGGCGAAACUUUAGUUAGAUGCGAAAUCUGUAAACAAUAAAUCAGAAUACAUGCAUUCACUUAGUGACGUCAAUAUACAAACAUCGGAGCAAAAUUGAAGAUGAGUCAAGAAUUGUGUGCUAAAUUGAAAAAGAGUAAAUGAGAGUGUUAAUGAUAUGCGAUAUUAGCUAAAUCGUUGUCAUUUAGCAUCGCAACAUGGAUAGUCAGAAAACAAAAUUACAUACAUAUGUCGCCUAAAAGUAACAGCAUAAUCAAUUUAAUAUUUAUUAACAUACAUAAAUAAAAGUUAAGUCCACAACACAUACAACAUUUAUCUAUAGUAUGUAAGUAUGUAUAUUUACAUACAUAUAUUAGGAUCAUAUUGUCAGUAGUUAAUAACAACAGGAAAUGUCAAAAGUUUUUAAGUUUGCUUAAAUAUAAUACUAAUUAAUAUUGAAAAAUUUUAUUGAACUUUAAACAAAAAUACCUAUAUAAAACAACAACAUUAUAUUCCAUUAUGACAACAACAAAAAACAUGACAACUGAACUAAUACAAAUGAAUUGCCUGCGCAUGGAUAUUCUAAAUCGAUGGACUUAUGCAUAAACACACAUAAAUACGUAACAAACAUACGAUGAAAAUAUGUACAGAGAAGAAACAUAAAAAUCUUGAAACAUCUGCUGAAAAUAAAUUCAUAUGCGGAUAAAUCAUGAAAUUAUGUCAAUAAUUUACGUUGCCUAAAAUUGCAUAACCACCCGGAACAGAGAAACAUUUAACUAAUGCUAUAAUCGGUUUAACCAGAAAGGCGUAUAAAAGCAUACUUUUUUUCAAAUGCAAUGUUAACGUGUCGGAGAGACAUAAAAAAGCUUAUUUAAUUUUUUAAUCUGUUUUAGAAUUUAUUUUUUAUAUUGUUUUAACAUUAUGAAUAAUCGCAUCUGUGGAUCUUCUUCAACCAAUGUAGUAAUUUUAAAAUACAAUAUGGUUGGCAAAUAAAAAUGGAUGCUAUGCAUUUUUUGUUAAAGGAACUAAAGUGAGAUAUUUGUUUCUGUGAUUAAGAAAUUACCACUCAAAUGAAAUGUUUUUAUUAUUUAUAAUUCAAUUAAAAUCAGUUAAAUAUUUGUUUUUAGAAAUUCUUCGCAAAUUAAAAAAAAAAAAUAAUAAUAAUAUGCAUGUGGUCUUAUUGUUUUCGAAUUUAUUGUUUUCGAUUAGCAGUAUUCAAAUAUUGUAUACAUAUUCACAUGUUUAAAACAAAUUUUGCCAUUAUUUGGAUACAAAUAAUUUCAACUGUGUAUUCUCAUCAACAACUUUAACGCCAUGAUAAUUAAAUUUAUAUACCAUUUAUUUACUAACAUUUUGUGGUUAAGUACGAUUCUCAAUUGCAAAAAUCAGUUGCGUCUUCAAUUAUAUAUUUAUUUUUAUCAGUAAAAGUUGCCUGUUGACAACAAAAAGUAAUUAUAAAAAAACUACUACCACACAUCAAGACUAAAAAUAUUAAAAUUAAAGUACUUAAAUUUUUUUAUAUUACGAAAGUGAAAAAAUGCUUGGGAAAAGUCGUUCCGAAAUUGAAAAAUGUUGAAAAACAUCUUGCCAAGCGUAUAUUUAACAAGAUACGGCAUCAAACACAAAAAAGCCUGGCUACUUUAUUUACUUUUAUCGCAAAUACACUACACAUUGUUAAUAUAUUGAUAUUGAUUAUGCUUCGUCCACAUUUAGAGAGAUGUGCAUAAAGGCAUCAAGAGAUUAAUUAAUAUGGUUCUACGUAAUUUAAUCGGAAAUUUGUAAAAAAAAAAUUAAUAAAAUAUUAUUUAAUUAAAAAAUAAACUAAUUUUAAUACACAUCUUCAAAA